GCCAUUUAAUACUGCAAAUGCUUCGAAAAUUGAUCAAUUGGAAGAAAGAAUUUUACUUACUGACAAAUCAAAAAAUGCUUCGGAACAUUUGUAGCAUUAAAUGUCCAUAGCCAUAGAUAUAGAUGUUAUAUACGUUGUGUGGCUGUGACAGAUUUCUUAACCUGAAUAAUCAAUUUUAAUCAUUUUGACUUAAAUCGAGAUUAAUAACUUGGUUUGCAGUACAGAGUGACGCUUUUUUCAGUCAAAUUCAUUCGUUUCCAACAAAAACACGUCGAAUGAACCUAAUUUCAUCGAUUUCUGAGUUGACGUGGUUAAAGUAAAUAAUUACUCGACACGAAUCAGCUGACUCUAAGAGAAGAUAAACUAAUUUUCAUUGGAAAAGGAACAAAAAAGUGGCUCUCUUUCUUGAGAAGACUCUAGUUCGAUUUUCAGACGAUAACAAUUUGGAACUUUGAUCUUUAUAAGAGAGAUCGGCAAAUUAACCAGGAGAUAUAUAAGAAUUAUCCAAAAUAAAUAUCGUGGAACAUGCGUUCGACCAAGGGUAUUGUUCAAAUGGUACAAGCCUCUAAAACGUAUCUUUCAAACUUUCUUAAGACCAUGUCAGAGUUUGGAGAAAAACACAGAUUUGUUGAUAUCCGUAAUGAUAAUUCUUUUGGAAAGUACGCUAUAGUCCAACCUUGGAUAGUUUCUGAAAAAGUUACUGUACCUGCAUACAUACCCCAGCCAUCCUACAGUCAGUCUAUGAUACCCAAAAAAGGGCCAACAAUGCCUGAGAUCAAAGAUGAAUAUCAAAUAGAAUGUAUGAGGCACAGUUGUAAACUUGCUAGUCGUAUUCUGCGUCAAGCUGGCACAUUAAUUGAGCCAGGUAUUACAACUGAUUUUCUUGACAAACAAGUACAUGAUAUGAUCAUUGGUAACGGAGCUUAUCCCAGUCCACUUAACUACCAUGGCUUUCCCAAAUCUAUAUGUACAAGUGUUAACAACAUCGCUUGCCAUGGUAUUCCAGACAAUAGGCCUUUACAAGAAGGUGAUAUACUCAAUGUUGAUAUAACAGUAUAUCUUAAUGGUUAUCAUGGCGAUUGUUCAGCUAUGUUUCAAGUGGGUGAAGUAGACUCGGAAGGCAAACGAUUGAUAACAGUCACAGAAUUAUGUUUAAAGUCAGCUAUUGAAAUAUGCAAACCAAAUGAGCAUUUUUGUAAUAUUGGUAAUGUGAUAGAAAAGACAGCAAAUGAACAUAAUUUGAAUGUAAUACCCGCAUUUUUGGGUCAUGGUAUUGGAACUUACUUUCAUGGUGCUCCAGACAUUUAUCACUUUGCAAAUAAUUUUCCUGCGAGAAUGAAAGCAGGUAUGACAUUUACUAUCGAGCCAGCUUUGAGUCAAGGAACAAUAGAGACCAUAAUUCUAGAAGAUGGAUGGACAGUUUGUACAGUCGACGAUUCUAGGACAGCUCAAGUCGAACACACAAUUUUAAUAACAGAUAUUGGAUGCGAAAUACUAACGCUUUAGUUUCUGAUUAGUAUCAUUUAUUUAUACAACAAAGGAUCCAUUGAAUAUAUGUAUUAUUUUUAAUGUAUAUAAA